AUAUUGAUGUGUAAUUCAGUAAAAAAGUGGCACCUCUAUAUUUUGUAUAUUUCAUUUUCUAGUGAUAAUUUUUACAAUUAUCAAAACUCCAUUCCGAAAAGUGACCAAGAGAAAUAUGUAAAAAUCUAAAUAAUUUUUUUUCAAUGAACGAUUUAGAAAAUAAAAAAUAAAAAACGUGAAAUAAAAAAAUAUAAAAACAUAACAACUAUUUAUUGUUUAAUAAGGUAUCAAUUUUAAGUAAUACCUGGGUACUUGUACAAACAAACUUGUUAAUGACUGGAAGACGGAAACGUGGGCGCCCACGUCGCGGCGAAGGACCUGCACUUGAUGAUAUCGAUGUACUGCUUGCACGUGAAUUUCAACAAAGACCUGCAUUUUAUGAUCGCAAUCAUCCUCAAUAUAGAAAUAGGGAUUACUUGGAAGGAAUGUGGAUGGAUAUGGCUGAGAGUGUGGGUCAAAAUGUUGCUAUAGUAAAAAAUCGUAUGGUUCAACUACGAAAUCGCUAUAACUUGGAAAAACGUCGAGUGGAGAUGUUGCAAGACCAAUAUAACGAUCCAAGUAUUACAUCGCAAUGGCCAAUGUAUAAUUAUUUAACAUAUUUAGGUGAUCACAUAAAAGCUCGUCGAUCGUUUACAAAAGAAGUUGUUGUAAGACCAAAAUCGGCGCCAUUUUCGAAUUCAAGACCUGUGCGUUUUGCUUAUUGCAGUGAUUCUGAUGGAUGUGACGAACCCAACCCAUACCCGCCAACGCCGCCUGUUGCUGCUCCGACAGACAGGCAAAUAAGGCCAGAUUUACGCAAUAAUGUAAGCGAGGAAGUUAACAAUGCAAACUACCAUGAAAUGCGUCCUCCAAGCCCCGACAAACAAAUAGAUAACCUUUCUAAUGUCAAUCCAAACCUGUGUAAGUUUAGAGCUUUUGGACAAUUUUUAACUUCAUCAUUGAUCGAAAUGAACCAAAAGGAUGCUUUGAUGUUGGUAGAGAAGUUCACCACUGAUUUGGUGAAAUCAUUACUACUUGAAACACAUAAGUCGUCGGAUGUACAAAUGGAAGUUGUUGUAAAUGGACACAAUUAAUAAAAUAUUCUUUAUAUGUAAGUUCUGUUUAUAAUAACUAAAAUUUAUAAGAAUUUCAACUAAUUUUAUUACUUGUAUUUUUUUUCGGGACUUAGAAUAAAUGAAUAGUAAUUAGGGUAUAUAUGUAUUGAUAGUAUUUGCAUGUACAGAAUUACACGACAUUUUAAGAAACCAGAAAUGAAAUGUUAAAAUGAUUAAUUAAUUUUUAAUAACAAGACCACAAACAUUCACGACAGUCUAAUCUACCUUAAAGUAGAUUUUUGACAUUCAUGUUCAAUAAAAUAAAAUAAUCGAUUUUGGAAUGUAUGUAUGUUUGUCUUCAAUUACAUGGUGUAAUAUUUGUUAACAACAUUAAAAUAAACUUUUAGAAUUUUUAAUAAAUAUUGAUGUAAUAUAGUUCAA